AUGGCCGUAGUGGCCAUUGGAGCACCCAGCAUGAUCCCUUCGGAAGACAGGUGUAGUCGGUACGGGAAAGACGUAAAAGUGGCGUCGUUUUCGGAUUUUGUGCAGAAAGGCCGAGGCAGGAUCCAGCGGCAAGAUGGUUUCGAGGGCUAUCGGCAGCGCGGAAUGCCAAUACGUCGUGCUCCCGUGAUCUUAGAUUUUGAACAAAAGGGUCAUAUGAGGAGUUUGGAGACAUCUGAAAGGAUUAAUAAUUAUAAGCGAAGCAUUAAAGAGAAGAAGAAUCCAGCUUUGGAGACAUCUACAACAGAUAUGGACAGCAAAAUUUUACAAGAGGUAGAAGAAGGUUUGGAGGAAGCUAAAAGCAAUCUUAAGUGCUUGAAGAGUAUAGAAGAGGUGCUUGAAGACUUCGUCACUGAAGCAAAGCAGCAGGAAGGCAAGAUUUCAUGUGUUCUUAAUACCAACUUUGAGGACUUGGUUGAUAUUCUAAACUUAAGGAAAAGGAAAUUAGAAACAGAGUUGGCAAUGAACACCAGUUACUAUAUAACUGAAGUACGUAGCAUUCAGGUCUCAGUUUUACAGAAAAAAAGCAACUUGGAUGCAGCCAUCAAGACAGCAAAAGAGCUUAAAGCAACACAUUGCUUAAAAUCUUGCCAAAAUUUAAAUCAGGUUAUUCACAACUUAAAAAUGACAAUUGAAGAUGAAGUCUUAAAACUAGAUAAUCUGGAAAAAAGAACACUUCCAAGGUUUUACAUGGAUUGUGAUAGGAUUAUCCCUGUGCUUGAAAACCUGGGGAAAUUUUCCUAUGAUAUCCCCAAUGAGCAGAGUUUGGAGGGCAGACCUCUAAAAUUGGGCAGUGUGGAAGAUGAAUCAAAAAGUGAUGCUCCAAGUCACAUGAAUAUAAAACAAGUAUCACUGGUAAAAGAACUUGAUGCAGUUGGUACUCUGCAAAAAUCUGGUGCAUAUCUUCAAGAAAAUUACAGCUAUCUCCAAAAAACAGCCCCAUUGCUCGAUCAGAGAAAUGCUGUUGCUUUAUCUCAAUCAGCAUCUACUCCAGAUGUCAUAAUUGAAGAAAUAAUUGAAGAUGGUCAAGAAAAGCUCUCUGAAGAUAAAUACCAGAAAACAGUUUCCCAAAAACAGCUGCAGCCAUUUGGAUUGAAAGCAGACUCUACAGAAUUAGUUUUUGUUAGCUGUGUGGUAAAUCCUUGCCAUUUCUACGUUCGGAAAGUUUCACAAAAGAAAACUGCAGUUCAUUUGGAAAAAAUGUUGAGGUCAUUUUGUAGUACUACAAACACAUCCCCAAGCGACAUCUUGGAACUUGGUACAAGAAUCUUUGUUAAAAGUAAAGAACACAGGAUGUGGUGCCGUGCAAACAUUGUUGAACUAAUUCCACUGAAACAUACAAAUGAGUGGAAGCCCUGUGGUCCAGCAAAAUACAAAAUCACUGAUAUUGCAAUGAUGAAAGUAUUCCUUGUAGACUUCGGGCAUCCUGAGGCUUUAAUUGUUUCAGGCAUACCAAAUGAAGUUAUUGUAAAUCCAGAACAUGUCAAGCUAGACUAUGUCAUGAUUGAAGACUUAUGCUUGGUUGUAAGGAAGCCUGAUUUACUUAUAGAGGGACAACUUCAUGGUAUAAAUAAGUUAGCACUACAGUGUUCCCUGAAGGACAUUGUUCCAAAACAUUCAACUGAAGGUUGGAAUAGAAGCGCAAGGGCGGCAUUUUUGAAAAUGGUAAAUAACAAAGCAGUUCUAAUGAAAGUGUUCAGAGAAGAAGAUGGUGUGCUAAUUGUAGAUCUGAUGAAACCUCCAGCAAACAAAAUAAGUAGUGACAUGCCUGUGUCCCUCAGGGAUGCUUUAGUUUUUUUGGAUUUAGCAAGCUUUCGGACUGAGCUUGCUGAUCAAUCUGAGAAUAAUGUACCCUUGAACUAUUUUCCACCUGUGAUACCACAGGAAGAUACAGAAGUCCCAGUUGUUGUUAGUUACAUUAAUAGUCCUGGAGAUUUCUAUAUUCAGCUGUUGGAAGAAGGUCCAGAUUUUGCAGUUUUUUUGACCAAAGUUGAGGAAAUGUAUAAAAAUGAAGGUGAAGUUGGCUUGGAAAUUCUCUGUCCAAUCCUAGGUCAACCAUGCAUAGCAAGAUUUGAAGAUGAUGGAGUUUGGUAUAGAGCACAGGUUAUAGGGUUGCCGGGCCAUCAAGAAGUUGAGGUGAAAUAUGUUGACUUUGGCAAUACUGCUAAAAUAAAUGUCAAAGACAUGCGCAAAAUAAAAGAUGAGUUUAUAAUCCUCCCAGAAAAGGCCAUCAAGUGCAAGCUGGCUCAUAUUAAACCGUGUAAAGGACUGAAUGAAUGGAGUAUUAAAUCCAAACAGAGAUUUCAAGAAUUGAUUCAAGACAAAUGUAUGUUCUGUUUUAUUACUGAGAAAUUGCAAGACAAUGUGCUGUCUGUUGAGCUUUAUGAAGGUGUAUCUGUAUCACCAAACCUGCCCUGCAGUGUUAACAGCCUUUUGGUUGAAGAAGGUCUAGCAUCUUAUAUAUCAAGCAACCAGACUACCAGAUCCCACAAUGAAGUGUGGGAUCCUGCUUUAGAGGAAAUCUUAAAACCUGAGAGAGAUGCAUUGAAACCUAAGGAGGAAGACUUGUCACAGUAUGAAGAGUUGAGAUUAGAGUGUAACAGAGAACUGGAAGUGAAGAUUAAUCAUGUUGUUUCUCCAAGCAAGAUCUUUGUGUUUUUUAUGUCAUCUGAACAAAUUCUGAAAAGUUUACAGGAAAAGAUGGCUGCCACUUAUGUUGAAUCUGUGAGUGAAACAGUUCAGUGGAAAAUAGAUAUGAAUUGUGCUGCUUAUGUACACGAUCUGAAUCAAUGGCAAAGAGGCCGGAUCUGCAGGAUAGUUUCUGAAAAAGUAGUGGAGGUGUUCCUUUUAGAUGUUGGCAUAGUCAAGGUUAUGGAUACUGUGUGUUUAAGACAACUUGCACACAAUCUCAGUACUAUAAGGCCACUUGCCGUGGAGUGCUCCUUAACAGACAUAAGGCCAGCUGGUGGGACUGAGCAUUGGACAGCAACAGCAUGCGAUGUCCUAGCAAGUUACUUAACUGGAGCUGUGGUCAGUUUAAUAAUACAGGAAAGCCAGUCUUUACCUCUCCUUGUGAAAAUAGUUAGCAAAGAAGGAGGGUUGUGUACUGAUGUUUCGGAAUACAUGAUUAAAGAAGGCAUGGCACUUAGAAAAAGAAGGGCAUCUAAAACAGACUCAAGCACAGUGUCCUCUGACAAAACCCAUGAAAUGCAUUUCCAACCUAAGAAUGCAGUCUUGCUUGCAGAAGCAGAAUGUAUACCAAAUCCUUUCGCACCAGAGCAGGUCCCUGAUGCUUCCAUUUCACACUGUAAAAAGGAAAAACUGGAGAUCUCUGUGACUCAGUCUGUUACGGUUGAGGCCUACAAACCCCCAGCUAUUCCUAGGUCGGAUCACUUUGCUGCUAUAGUCAGCUGUGUUUCAGACAAUGGAACUAUCUAUGUGAUUCCCACUUCAAAAGAGCAAGAGCUGAACAAGUUGAUGAGUGACAUACAGAAAAACUUCAAAUGUCUAGGACUUUUGGAGCCCUACAGUUGGAAGAAAGGAGAGGCUUGUGUUGUGAGAGCUGCAGAUACAAUGUGGUAUCGAGGGGAAGUUAGAGAUGUUGGUGGUGGCAUUAUCAUAGUACAAUAUUUGGACUAUGGCUAUAUUGAGAAGAUUCCACAGUGUCAUCUUCAUCCAACUUUAUUGUAUGCUGACAUAGCUCCAUUUUCCAUACCAUGUCAGCUUUAUAAAACUAUACCAGUUGGAAAUGUUUGGCAGCAGGAUGCAAUUGAACUCCUUCAAGAACUUCUUACAAAAAGACUUGUUGAAAUACAUGUUAAGGAACAGCCAGACAACCCAUGGGGAAAAGUGUCCAUUAAACUCUGCUUUGCUGGGCUGUCACUUUCCUCUUUCAUGGCAUACCAUAAACAUUGCAUUAGUGAAGAGGAUGGCUGUAUACCAAAACUGGAUAUAGCAGAUUGCAGUGAAGAUGAUUUGGAGGAAAACUGUGAAAUCAGUCAUGAGGAGCUGCUCAUGUCUGAAGUGGAAACCCCUUUGCUGCCACCAUACAGCUUACCAACUCUGCCUGUUCUUGGAGAACUCUUUCCAGUGAAAGUAACACAUAUUAUUUCACCCAAUGAGGUAUACAUCUCAUUUGACCAGUCAGACAGUGCUAACCAGCGGACUGAUAAAGACAGUGGAAUCAGCUUGGAUUCUGAAACUCUAGCUCAAGCCUUGAGUCAGUGUAAUGAGAAUAUAGAGUCCAUUCCUUUUCUAACUGAUUUUCGAAAAGACAUGCCCUGCCUUGCAAAAUACAGAGAUGACUUAUGGUAUCGGGCAAAACUCCUCUCAAUUAAUGAAUUCAAUCCUCUUUCAAUUCUGGUGGAAUUUGUCGAUUAUGGAUCAACUGAUACAUUGCCCACAAGCAGAUUACGUCAGAUUCCUCCUCAAUUGAUGCAGUACCCUGUUCAAGCAUUCAAAGUCUUCUUAGCUGGAUUCAAACCCGCUUUAUGUGAUCCCGCAACAGAAAGGAUUCCAUAUUGUCCCGAAUGGAGCAUAGAAGCAUUAUGGACUGUGAUGGAAUGCUUCCACGGGAAAAAACUCUGUGCUUCCUCACUUACACAUUCACCAGAGUGUACUGUGUUUUUAUAUGAAGAUGGACACCUGUUUCACAUGAAGCUUGUUGAAAUGGGAUUGGCAGUGUUAAGCUAG